AUGUCGAUUGUUGAGCCGCUGACAAUGUUCACAAGCUCAACCGACUGUUCUUUGAAUUCGAAGUUCAGUCUUGUUCCUUUUCUCAGAAGGAAUCCUCAAUCGACUACUUACCGGGUGAAGAGGUUAAGAAUCUCAUUUGGCAAACUUUGUGCCGCUGCCGGAGCUGGGAAUCCGGCGUCCUCGUCUUCGUCGCCGGUGACUGGAGAUGCACUUCGGAAUCUCGCCGUGUCGUCUGUUGUUCUACUGGUCGGUUUAGGUUUCAGUCAUCGUUGCCUUUCUGCUUCGGCUGCUGUGGAUAUUCCGACUACUCCUGUCGUUGCCCCUGAGAACAGCCAAACUCUAGGGAGUUCAGAGGAUGUUGAAACUGAUGAUAUGAACGACGUAUUGGAGAAACAGGAAUCCGAAAUAUUUCCUCUGACUGUCCCUUUGCGGAUUGUUGCUCUACGUAACUCAUUCCCUCCUGUUUGGUUCCAGAGAAGAACCUGUUGGCUGAUUAUUUUGCUUCUUCUUUUGAAGGAUUUUGUUCAAACUCAAGGAAAGAGAGUGAGAUUGGGCUCUCAAUUUCGUCAAAGCCUGAACGACAUUGUAUCUGAGCUCCAGGCUCCAGUGAAAAAAAGAGAUGCUCUGGCCGCAGCUGAUCUUAUCACAGUUGGUGAUUCCUGGCUUAGUUUUCUUAUAAAAGAAGGAUUGAUUGACCCAAUGGAAGGAGUGGAAAAACAAGAUUGGUUUCAAGAUUUGGCUGAUGAGUGGAAGGGAUAUUUACGUAGGAGUGACGAUGGAAAACUGGAUCCACAAGGUCGAGUAUGGGCAGCUCCAUACAGAUGGGGAAGCUUGGUUAUAGCAUAUAAGAAAAGCAAAUUUGAAAAGCAUAAAUUGGAUCCGAUUGAGGAUUGGGCUGACUUAUGGCGCCCUGAACUAACUGGGAAAAUUUCAAUGGUGGAUUCACCAAGAGAAAUUGUCGGUGCUGUUUUGAAGUACAUGGGGGCUUCUUACAACACACAUGACAUCACUUCUCAGGUUUCUGGUGGAAAAACUGCUUUGCUUGAGAAUCUCUUGUUGCUAACUAAACAGGUCCGGUUGUUCGACAGCGAGUACUACCUUAAAGCCUUUGCCAUUGGAGAUGUCUGGGUGGCUGUCGGGUGGAGUACUGAUAUUCUUCCUGCUGCUAAAAGGAUGUCCAAUGUUUCCGUAGUCGUUCCAAAGUCUGGUGCAAGUUUGUGGGCAGAUUUGUGGGCAAUUCCUGCCACUUCUAAACUCCAAGUGGCUGAAUUUGGAGGACGAGUUAGAGGACCGUCUCCUCUUGUGGCUCAGUGGAUCGAGUUUUGUUUGCAGGAUGCAAGGGCACAAUCAUUCAAAGAAGAGACUAUUCCAGGAGCAUCGCCUAAUGCCUUUAAAGGCACCAUGGAGGAGCCCAGUAGUCUCAGGAAAGGUCGGCCAAAACUUGAAACAAACCUCAUAGCUGGCGUUCCUCCGCCUGAGAUUUUAGCUAGAUGUGAGUUCUUGGAGCCACUACCAGAGGAGACGCUUGCUGAUUAUCGCUGGUUGAUUGACCAAAUCGACAAACCUAACCACUCUUUCAUGGGAAUGGUGCAGCGUAAAUUCUUUUCAGUACUUAACUUUUUCAAGCCAAAAUUGUAG